UGCAGGUCCCAGCCCCCCUCUAGGUUCACUGAAUGAAACUUCCCCUCCCUGAGCUCCUCCACCAUCUCUUGUGUCACACCCCUCCUUAUGUUCCUUCUCUAUCUUUUGUAUUCCACCCCUUCUGUCCCUGCUCCUCAGUCUCCCAGCACAUCCCAUCCUUUCUUCUUAUUCUCCUUUAUCCUCAGUCACAUCCCUUUCCACUUUCAUGUGCUCUUCCAUUGGCCAUGGUAUCCCACACCACUUUAUUCUGCUCCUACAUCAUCCACAUAUCUCUUCUCUGCUUCCCAUAUUCCACUGCCCUCCACAGUCUACCUCUCUUUCUCUGCAUUUCCAUUUUCUACCAUAUCCCCCCCUUCCAGAGCUCCUGUUGCCCACUGUUCCCCAUCCCUUCCUCCAUGCUCCUCCAUCACUCAUCAUGUUUCAUUUCCCCUAAUUGCUUCUCCAUCACCCACAACCUCCUAUUCAUUCUUCCUUCCACCGUCCUUCAUUUCUCUAUUCUCCCAUCACCUGCCACCUCCUCUUUCCUUGCUCCCUCUUCACCCACCACAUGCUGUCCCUCCUUGUGUUCUACCAUCACCUACCUCCCAUUCCUCCUUCCUGUGACCUGUCACCUCACCUCUGUGUCUGAUCCCUCUCUGCCAUGUUCCUCCGUCACCCAGCAUGUCCUAUUCAUCCUUACUGUGCUCCUCCAUCACUCACCAUGUCCCCAUUCUUUCUGUGCUUCUCUGUCAGCCACCACAUCCCCUCACUUCUGUCACCUCCGCAUCUCAUUCUUCCCUGCCAUGUUCUCCCAUUGGCCAUCUCCCAUCUCUCCUUCCUGUGUUCCUCCAUCUCCCACCACAUCCCAUCCCAUCCCUUGUUAUCGACAUCCCAUCUUUUCUUCCUCCCACCUCCCUGUCUCAUCUGUCCUCAUCCUCCAUCACCUUGUCCUCAUCUCAACAUCUCACCAUCCCUUCUCAUCCUCCAUGAGCUCCCACCAUCAUCACAUCCUGCUUUAUUUCAUUUCCCCUCCCUAUCUUUAUCCAUCCACCUCUACCUCCUCCAUUCUCCUCACCUCCCUCAUCCUCCUCCACUUCCCCACCUCAAAAUCCAUUCUCACCUCCCACUUUUGCCCUGCACCUCCAGCUGUCAACAUUUCCAACCCCUUCUCCAUUUCCCAUCAUCUUCUCACAUCUUUCUCCAUCUCCCACCAAUCUCUGUCUUUCUCUAACUUUUGAGCACCUCUCUAUCUCUCAUCUAUCUCUUCUAGCUGUAGAUGUUCCUGUUCCCUGGAGGACAGUUGGACUAGAUGACCUUUAAAGAACCCUUCCAACUCAAAAGAUUGUAUGAUAUUCUGUGAUUUCCCAUCAUCUCUUCAUACCUCCAGCAUUAUUCCCUCCCCCCCCCCCUUGUCCUCCAUCACCUACCAUCUCUCUUCCUGUCUUCUUCUACUGCCUGUUUUUCUAUGCUCCUUCAUUCUCCUCCAGCUCCUGCUGUCCCCAAUCCCUUUCAGCUCCCCAACACCUCCUGUUCUUCCUCUUCCUUAACACCUGUCCAGUUCUCCUCAUCCUCCUGCAACCUUUCAUAGUCUUUUUGUCAUCCUUCACUUUCCAUCUUCCCUGUAUCUCACUGUCCUCCUCUGCUUUCCACCAUCUCCUAUUGCUUUUCUUUCCUCUGUCUCUCACCUCUUCUUCCAUCUCAGUUUCUGUCCCUCCUGCCCACUUCCACCUUCCAUCCUUCCCCAUCCCUUUUCAUACUCUUUCAGCUCUGGCUGUUGCCCUGUCUCUCCUCAUACCUUUUCUCCUGCAAUCUCACCGUCCCUUAUCAUUGUUCACCUCCCAGUUUCACUUUCUCCUCCUAUUCUUCCACUUUCCUAUCCCUCCUCAUUUUCUAAGUGUCCCACCUCCCUCACUGAUUUCCCCGCCGCCUCUUCCUGACCUCCACUCAUCCUCACUCAACUCAUACUUCCCUCCUUUGCCAUCUUCUCAUUCUCUUUCACCUCCCAACUCCAUCCUGCCUUCCAUCUUCUCCCAGCCCACCCUCCUGCUGUUCUUGCUCUCCUCCAUCCUGCACUCUUACUCCUAGCACAUCUGUCCCCUGCUGUUAUUGCCCCCUUCUCUUCCUCCUCCCUUUGCCUUGUAUCCCAUCCCUCACCAACCCAGGAAAGCCACUUCCAGCACAGCCAUCCCUGUUGCAAGCAGGAAGGACAGAGACUUGAGCUGAGGCUAGGUUGGAUGAAGGGCCAGCCUGCCACCCUAUCCCUGCUACUCAUGACAUUUGCAUAGCAGCAGUGAUAGCCAUAGCUUGCAGGUUGGAAGAUUCCUGCUGGAUGUCAGGAAACAUUUCUUCCUUGAGCUGUACAGCUGGAACUGGUCACUGGGGAAGUGGGAAGAUUUCUGCUAUUAGAUCGCAAAACUCAGCUGAAGUCACUGGUGUUCUGACUUGUUAGCAAUAACCCUGUGGAACAUGGGAGCUCAGCCAGAGUCUCUUGGAAUCCACUGAAGCACUCACACCCGUAAGAGAUUUCUCCAAACAAUGGAGGAUUUCCUAGAGUGUCAAGAAAGGCCAGACAUGGCUUUAAGUGUGAUGUUUGUGGGACAUGAGGAGCCAUCACUGCUGCUUGCUCUGUGGUACUCAAGCAGGACCACCCUGUGCUGUUUGAGCAUUGCAGACUGCCCAAACAGGAUCACUUCAUACUGCUCCAGCAAGACCAUUCCACACUGCUCAAGCAGGACCACGCCAGGCUGCUUAAGCAGAAUCAUCCCAUGUAGCUUGAGCAUGGCCUUCACAUAUUGCUCAAGCAGGACCAUCCCGUGUAGCUUGAGUGGGACCAUUCCAGGCUGCUCAAUCAGGACCAUCCCAAGUUGCUUGAGUACCACAGGCCAAGCCAAAGUGGCUUCCAGAUCCCAGGCCAGUGAGAUACACUGAGAUGACCGCUCAGCCCCUCAAGCCAGCAACCCUUGCAUCAUCUUUGUUUUCCUUCCCUUGGAUUGGGCCAUGCAAAGGCAUGACUGUUCCCUCCCUACCACUUUCGACUGCAGCAGGGCACAAACUGCUGGCACUGCCUAUGGGAGGACAGGCCUUCCUUCUCCAGACUUCCCCAUCCCAUGGGAGCCCCAGACCCUGAGGGACCUUCGUGGAGGACCCUCUCAGAGCAUCCUACAUCCUUCACACACAAAGGCCAGCCAGCUCACUUGAUGCAGACUUUGCCUUGUAAUGCUGGAGGCUCCCAACCACCCCAUGGAGGAGCAGGGUCUCUACCCCUUCCUGAGGUGAUGUGUCCCACUGCAACACAGGCAGCCAGAGUCUGGAUGGGGCAGAGGUGACAUUUGUAAAGCGAUCCCAUCCAAAUGCCUUCCUGGCUGGUGAAUUUGGGAGAGGGUGGAGAGAAUUUCCUACCUGUGUUAGAACCUAGCUGAACUUACGUGUCUCCCCAAGCUGGAUUUCUUAUUC